AUGGCAUUUGAAUAUGAACUUAUGCAUAUUCUUCUGUUGUUAGCCUUCUCAACAUGCUGUUUCUCAUCAAUUCAUACAAGUACAACCACCGCAUCUUUAGGUACCUCAAAAUCUAAGCCUCAUAGAUUGGUCUCCAAACUUAUUCACCAUCGCUCUGUUCUGCAUCCACACUACAAUCCAAAAGAAACUGCGAAAGACCGAAUGAAACUUGAUAUCCAACACUCAGUUGCGCGUUUAGCCUACUUGCGAGCAAGGAUUGAUAAUGGUUCAUUGAUCUCUAAUGACUACAGGGCAAGCCUUUCUCCCUCUCUAACUAGUAGAACCAUACUGGCAAAUCUCUCAAUAGGCCAACCCCCCACCCCACAACUAGUUAUCAUGGACACUGGCAGUGCCCGCUUCUGGGUCAUGUGCACCCCUUGCUUAAAUUGUGUCCACCAUUCACUCCCAAUUUUCGAUCCUUCUAAGUCUUCCACCUAUUUCGCACCAUGCAGAACACCCUGUGGCUUCAGUGGCUGCAAAUGCGACCUCUCGGAUCGGUUCACAUUCAAUGUCAAUUAUGCAGACGGAUCCUCCUCAUCAGGAACACUCGGCCGCGACAUGCUGGUCUUCGAGACAGCUGAUGAAGGUACGGUUCUGGUCCCCUACAUAGAAUUCGGGUGUGGCCACCAAAUCAGGUACAAUAAAGAUCCAGGGUAUAAUGGAAUAUUAGGACUCAAUAGUGGACCUGUGUCUCUGGUGUCACAAAUUGGCAGAAGAUUCUCUUACUGCAUAGGCAGCUUAACUGACAAAAACUACAAUUACAAUCAAUUGAUAUUAGGUGAAGGGGCAGAUCUAGAAGGUUAUUCUACGCCUUUGCAAGAGCAUCGUGGCUUUUACUAUAUAACCAUGGAAGGCAUUAGUGUAGGAGAAAAGAGGCUUGACUUAGCUCCAACAACUUUUGAGAUGAAAGAGGAUGGCACAGGUGGAGUUAUCAUUGACACAGGGACUACAAUGACCUACCUAGUUGAUGAUGCUUAUAAAUUGUUAUACAGAGAAGUUAGAAACAUCCUUCGGCAGUCGCUUAAAGAAACUACAUUUGAAAAUAUUCCAUGGCAAAUUUGCUACUUGGGGGAUGUGAGCAGGGACCUGGUGAGGUUUCCAGUGGUUACCUUCCAUUUUGAUGAAGGAGCAGAUUUGGCUUUGGACCCUGGAAGCCUUUUCGAACAGGUGACGGAUAAUGCAUUUUGCAUGGUUGUAGGUCCAAUCAGUGAGUUUGGCCUGGGGAGUAUUCCUUCAAUUAUUGGGUUGUCAGCUCAGCAGAGUUACAAUGUGGGAUAUGACCUUGAGAAUGGCUUUCUUUACUUCCAAAGAAUUGAUUGUGAACUUCUUAGUGGUUGA